AAAUUUAGAUCAGUCCGGUUCGAAGCUCGGAUCGCGACGCUCAGCGUCGCCUAAAACCAAAAUAAAUACCCUCGUUUCAUCCGCGGUAUAAUCGAGACGUUUAUAUACUGAAUAAUUCCUGCCGUUCAUUCAUUCACCGAAUAAUAAUCGCCGAUGCUUUUUAUCUUCAGUUCGAGAUACCCUUAAUUCCUAAAUGCCAGUGAUAGUUUCAUACACUCUUGAGUACUUCCGGUUUUGCACCACUUAAGGAAUUCUACAACGAGAAAGUGCAACAUUGAGAAUGAACGAAUCUAGAGCUGCAGCCAUCCUUGCCAUUUUUCUGGCUUUAACAUCUUACGGUCAUGGAGCAAGAAACACCAUAAAAAUUGGUGCGAUAUUCCACGGCAAAGCGGAAGUUGAAACUGCGGUUUUGCAUUAUGCCGUAAAACAAAUCCGGAUGCAUCGAACCGCCGGUCAAUUCGAUCUGGAACCGAUUAUAAAAACGGUGGAAGUCGAUACCGAUGGAAUGGGCGCCGCCACUGCGGCCUGCGAAUUAUUGAGCGAAGGGGUGGCUGCAAUAUUUGGACCAAAAAGUGCGCACACGAGAUCCGUCGUCGCAAGUAUCGCUGCUCAUCACGAUGUACCUCACAUCGAGUAUGCCUGGCGACCAGUCGAGGAAUCGCAGCUCGAGUCAACCACCAUAAACGUUUAUCCACCCGGCAAAAACGUCUCCGAGGCGAUAGCUGCCCUGACAACGGCGAUGCCUUGGAAGCAAUUCAUCGCGAUCUAUGAAACCGACGAUGGUCUCUCGAGGAUCCAGGACGCGCUGAAGCUCCACGAGCCGCAGGAUGAUCCAGUGACUGUUAGGCAGCUCGGGGAAGGACUUGAUUACCGUUCUUUGCUCAAAGACGUCGCGACGUCGCGUGACAUAAACAUACUUCUUGAUGUCGAGUACGAUAAUCUGAUACGUGUUCUUCAACAAGCGAAAGAAGUCAACCUGAUGAAGGAUUAUCACACUUACAUAAUUUCCGGAUUGAAUUUUCCGGAUCAUCGGAUCGUCGAAAAUUUCAGACAGUCACCGGCGAAUAUCACCGGACUAGGACUCAUGAAAGACAGAAAGGAUGAACUGAAAGAUGCCCUCGAUCUAGAUAUCAAGGUUGAAGACGCCCUUCUUUACGACGCUAUUUUCCUCUUCAAGAAGUCGUUGGACGCCCUGAAUUUGGCGAAUAUUGACGCAGGUUCGCCAUUGAACCUCGUGCCAAAAUCGCUGGCUUGCAAUUCUGUGGAUAGUUAUUCGGCGGGGCGCAAUUUGACCAAGGCGAUACGCUCCGAAACUCGAGUCGACGAGCUGACGGGUCCGAUGGAGUUCGACGAAUUUGGACAGAGGCAAACGUUUCAAAUGCACGUUUGGGAGUUUUACAUGGACAGGUUUCAGACCAUCGCGAUUCAGGACUUCGAGGGAUUCAGGCUGACUCGGUCCGCUAAGGAGCGGCAGGAUGACAUCGAGAGUAAAAUUCAGAACAAUCGCUACAAAGUCACCACAAGACUCGGUUCGCCAUACUUCAUGGAGAUGCCACCGGGCUCAACCGAAGGUGUCGUUAUCGGAGAGAAGCGGUACUACGGCUACAGCGUCGACCUUAUCCAUGCGAUAUCCCAGAACCUUAAGUUUGAUUACGAGUUCGAAUUGGUACCCGACGGUAACUACGGCUCAUACAGCGAUGUCAACAAGACCUGGGACGGGCUUGUCAGGCGCUUGCAAGAUCGCGAAGCUGACUUGGCCAUUUGUGACCUGACGAUUAACCACCAGCGGGAAUCGGCUGUUGACUUUACGAUGCCCUUCAUGAACCUUGGUAUCAGCAUAUUGCACAUGAAGGUGAAGGACAAAGAACCGGAUCUUUUCUCCUUCUUGUCCCCGUUCACCAUCGAUGUCUGGAUCUACGUUGCUACUGCCUACCUGGCCGUUUCCCUCGCGCUCUUUUUCCUUGCCAGAAUCGCUCCGGGAGAGUGGGACAACCCUCAUCCUUGCAACCCAAACCCUGAGGAAUUGGAGAACAGUUUCAACUUGAUGAACUCGAUGUGGCUCAGUAUCGGAUCACUGCUGCAACAGGGCUCAGACAUUCUGCCAAAGGCACCAUCGAUCCGUAUGGUCGCUGGAAUGUGGUGGUUCUUCACCUUGAUCAUGACCUCCUCCUACACCGCGAACUUGGCCGCCUUUUUGACCGCCGGAAAAAUGGGCGACAGUAUAACCAGCGCUGAGGAUCUGGCCACGCAGUCCUCAGUCAAGUACGGUGCUGUCGAAGGUGGAUCCACGUCCAUGUUCUUCAAGAAUUCGAACAACUCGGUUUACCAACGGAUGUGGGCUGCUAUGAUGGAAGCCAGACCCAGUGUCUUUACAAAGAACAACGACGAGGGCGUUCAACGCGUACUUAACUCAAACAGCAAGUACGCUUUCAUCAUGGAGUCCACUAGCAUCGAGUACUACGUCGCAAGAAGCUGCGAUCUCGAACAGAUCGGCGGGUUUCUAGACAACAAAGGAUACGGCAUUGCCAUGCCAUUGAACUCACCGUACAGAACGUUGUUCAGCGAAGCGGUACUGAAGCUCCAAGAAAAGGGUAUCUUGCAAAAGAUGAAGGACAAAUGGUGGAAGGAGAGAGACCUCAGUGAGGAGACAGCAAAAUGCAACAAUACUGAGGAGGCGAAGACGGACUCGGACGAUCUUGAGUUGGGUUUGCCAAACGUUGGUGGUGUUUUCGUCGUUCUGAUGUGCGGCGUUUCGGCAGCCUGCGUAGUGGCGAUGCUCGAGUUCCUCUGGAACGUCAGAAAAGUCGCCGUCGACGAAAUGGUGACACCGUGGGAGGCGUUCAAGGCUGAGUUUAGAUUCGCGAUCAACAUUUGGGCCGAGACUAAACCGGUCAAGGUCGCAAAGAGCAGUAACAGGAGCUCCACUUCCGCUCUGCACACUGGCGCUGGACCGGGAAGAGCCGCUUCCGUCGCCAGGUCACUCGUAGGCUCCUUUCUCAGACUCGACAUGAUCGACAAGUUCGAGAAAGACAACACAUCGAACACCAGAAGCGGAAAUCAGAGAAAGAAUUGAAAUUUCGUUUCAUUAUUAUUAU